AUGGAGCAGCAGCUCGAAACCUCGGGUUCGGCCCUCGCCACUGGCAGUAUUGCUGCCAGGUUCGUAUCCCAGAACGCCCUCGACGAGGCCACCGCCAGGAGAGAGCAGGAAUGGAAGGAAGCGUACGAGAGGAUAGGACAGGAGCCGCCCCCUCAAAUGCUCGAACAGCCGGAUGACGGCAGGACACUGUAUGAAAUUCUCAAGCAGGAGGAAUGGGAUGACAAGAUGAAACUUUCGAACCAGUAUCGUGGCCUUCAAACAGACGAGCUAGACUUUCUGGCCGAAAAGAUCAAGGAAAAGCGAGCCCAUGAGCAAAAGGUGGCAGAGGAAGACGACGCUGAAGUGAUGGGGUACAAAGAAGCGCUGGCCAAACGCCAAGCGACUGCAUUGGCUGCCGCCGAGCCACAGGUUGCCACUGCGAAGCCAGCACCGCCAGUGAAGCGCAUUCCGCCAAAACCUGCCAAGAAGGACAUCAAGUCUCUGAUGAAGGGUGUGGUCGUCAAGAAGAAGCCCAAGCCACCAACAGCCAGUGCCUCCAAGCCUGCUGUGGAGAGUUCAAAACGACCACUUGAAGGGGGUGACGAGCCAAGUGACAAGAAGCAUAAACCAUGA